GCGACGCUGUCGGGCUUAUUUGGCGCCGGAGUGAGGAGUGAAGCUGCAGCGGCCGGGAGCAGGCAGUCUCCAGGAGGCGGGAAACCCCAUCAUCACCACACACCGGCUCCGUGACACCGUCCCUAGCGCCCACACACACCCGUACACCCGCCGCCAUGUUCGAGGCCCGACUUGUGCAGGGCUCCAUCCUGAAGAAGGUACUGGAAGCGCUGAAGGACCUGAUCGAUGAGGCGUGCUGGGACAUCACUUCCAGCGGCAUCAGCCUGCAGAGCAUGGACUCGUCCCACGUCUCCCUGGUGCAGCUCACCCUGCGCUCCGACGGCUUCGACACCUACCGCUGCGACCGCAACCAGUCCAUUGGGGUGAAGAUGAGCAGUAUGUCCAAAAUCCUGAAGUGUGCUGCAAGUGAGGACAUCAUCACCCUGCGGGCAGAGGACAGUGCGGACACAGUCACAAUGGUGUUUGAGUCGCCCAGUCAAGAGAAGGUCUCUGACUAUGAGAUGAAGUUGAUGGACCUGGAUGUUGAGCAAUUAGGAAUUCCAGAACAGGAAUACAGUUGUGUUAUAAAGAUGCCAUCUGGAGAGUUUGCACGCAUCUGCAGAGACCUUAGUCAGAUUGGUGAUGCUGUUGUGAUCUCUUGUGCGAAAGAUGGUGUAAAAUUCUCUGCAAGUGGAGAGCUGGGAACAGGGAAUGUCAAGCUGUCACAGACCUCUAAUGUGGAUAAAGAGGAGGAAGCUGUAACAAUAGAAAUGAAUGAGGCAGUCCAGCUAACGUUUGCUCUGAGGUAUCUGAAUUUCUUCACCAAAGCCACACCGCUGUCCCCGACAGUGACCCUCAGUAUGUCUGCCGAUAUCCCCUUAGUGGUGGAAUACAAGAUUGCAGAUAUGGGGCACGUGAAAUACUACCUAGCUCCCAAGAUUGAGGAUGAAGAAGCUUCUUAAUAUUGUAUAGCUCUUUUAGGCAAUGUCACCAGAACAUCCCAGCUCUUCUUAACUGCCUUGUAACAACAGUAACGCAAGAUGACAACCUGGCUGUACUUCUAGGCAUGUCUGUAGAUAUUUUUGUAAAUAAUCACAAUCUUUGUAUAACCUGCCAUGUGAAGCCAAUAAAUCUUUGUAAUAAUGA